AUGGAUUUCAUUGAAUCACUAGAUCCCCAGAUUCUUCUGGGCUCUUUAGAUGCUGAGAAUUUCAAGGAUUUCAAACUUGUCAAGCGUACACAGCUGAGCCACAAUGUCGCGAAGUUCAGAUUUGAACUUCCAACAUCUACUUCAGUUUUAGGUCUUCCAAUUGGACAACACAUAAGUUGCAGGGGCAAGGAUAGCCAAGGCGAAGAUGUUAUCAAACCAUAUACCCCAACUACAUUGGAUUCUGAUGUUGGAUAUUUUGAACUGGUUAUAAAGAUGUAUCCUCAAGGAAGAAUGUCGCAUCAUUUCCGAGAAAUGCGUGUUGGAGAUCAUCUUGCUGUCAAGGGACCAAAGGGUCGUUUCAAGUAUCAACCUGGCCAAGUUAGAGCAUUUGGGAUGCUUGCUGGAGGCUCUGGAAUCACUCCAAUGUUCCAGUAUGUUGCCAGGGCAAUAUUAGAAAAUCCAAAGACAAACAAAGGAUUUUUCCUCCAUGGGGACAUGGUCUUCUUCAUGGAGGAGCUACUUUCAGAACUUUUUUGUGGUGAGGGGAGUGAGGUGGUUUUAUCUGCUUUUGGAGUAGCAUUCUGGAUCUACUUUUGUGGUGUUCAGAACAUAUGUAGAAAGAUGCUCCUUGUUUCUGACUGGAUUACACUGAGAAUGGAUGGCCUUACUAGUAACUACCCUGACCGCUUCAAAAUUUACUAUGUCUUGAAUCAGCCUCCUGAAGUAUGGGAUGGUGGUGUUGGUUUUGUCACAAAGGAAAUGAUUCAAGCCCAGUUGCCUGCCCCGGCGCAUGAUAUUCAGACUUGCAUUUGUUUGAUAAGCAAAGCUGACUUUGCUCCUGGAAUCUCAGAUUUGAGGUGUGGUCCACCACCAAUGAACAAGGCCAUGGCUGCUCAUCUUGAAGCACUUGGGUAUGCUCCUGAGAUGCAGUUCCAGUCUGAUCCUUUCAUAUAUAGCAAUGCAAUAACUACUUCGAAGGUUUUAAUGUUAAGCGGUUAUGUGAUGCGGUCUUUGGUUAAACGUCUUGUUUUCUUAUGGGGUGGGAUUGGAACAAAACCUUUUAUUUUGUGGGAGUGCUUUGGCAUACCACACCCUCUACUUAGAGCACUUUCAGCGCUCCUCUUUUGCCCGGGUAGGAGGGGGCCUAGGCCAGCAUUUGGUUCUAGUGCGCAACGUGAAGACGGGGCAGUUGAUGGGGUCCACAAGCCAGGGCAGGGUCAAAGCAAAUCUUGCCUGGGUAAGGAUUGCCACAUUCACGUAAAUAGUGACAACAUUGCCUUGCCUUUGCCUUACCCUUACCCUACCCUUUGGGAUGGAGGUGCUCUACCUUUCCAAAUACCUAAGCUCAUGGAAGAAUUUAAACAUUGCCCCCAUGAAGUUUGCAUAGGGGCCCAUUUGUUUGCUGAAUUCACGGUUGUUGAUAUACGCCAUACAAACAGAAUAAGAAGCAGCAAAAGCACCCAAGCACUUGGAUGGAGAACAAAAGCCACCAAGGGAGCCUGGAGGUAUGUCGCAAAGCUACUGGGAGGCUCUAGCCCAUGGGAAGGAAUAAGGUUUCAAGCAAAAAAAAUCCAAAUGACACGGGGGAUAUGGCGUGAGACUGCUCGGAGGGGAGUCACCCUUCAGAACGCGGGCAGAGAGAAUUGCCCAAGAUGGGAAGAGUCAAGGGAGGAGAGGAGAAAAGGAAGGGAAAAGCUUGGCCAAAUUGGGGUAGAAAAUAGGGUCUGCGAAAGAGUGGUUCCAGUGCCUAUAAAAAAGAAGCAUUUGCCCUCCAUCAUCUCAACCCACAUCUUAAAGAGCAGUUCAUCUCUCAUCUGA